AGUAUAUAUUCAUCGCAUGUAGCUCCAAUCUAAUCUUGUUAGAGUUGCGCUAGUUUAGGGUUUUCCUCUGCCAGAAGCCUCACUCAGUCAUGGCGGCGAAAACAGAGUCUGUACAAUGCUUUGGCCGGAAGAAAACUGCCGUCGCGGUUACCCACUGCAAGCGUGGCCGUGGAUUGAUCAAGAUCAACGGUGUCCCGAUCGAGUUGGUCCAACCUGAAAUCUUGCGCUACAAAGCAUUUGAACCCAUUCUUCUCCUCCGUCGUCACCGCUUUGCCGGAGUGGAUAUGCGUAUCCGUGUCAAGGGCGGUGGUCACACCUCCCAAAUAUACGCUAUCCGUCAGUCCAUUGCCAAAGCACUAGUCGCUUUCUACCAGAAGUACGUAGAUGAGCAGUCCAAGAAGGAGAUCAAGGACAUCCUUGUGAGGUACGAUAGGACCCUGCUUGUGGCAGAUCCCAGACGCUGCGAGCCCAAGAAGUUUGGUGGUCGUGGUGCUCGUGCUAGGUUCCAGAAAUCCUACCGUUGAAUUACUGGUAGCCAUGUUGCUUUUAUUAUAAUUGUUAUUUCUAACAUGGUUAUUCAUCGUUGUAGUUUGUUAUGGGAUUGGGAUUAAGUUAAAAUUUUGCUUAAGGAACUGUCUGUUAUGUUUUGGAUUAUUUGUUAUCCGUUUCAAUAUUGCAUUAGACUAUUUUCUUAGGUCCUUGAGACCCUUUCAAUCAAUACGUGUCAAUUUCUAGUUGCAAUGUUACCCUUUUGAUAAAUAUUGUGGUGAUUGUUAUGUAUGGAGCGCAAACUAAAGAUGUGAUACAAUUAAA